AUGGAUGUGUUUGAAUUUGUAGAUCCUUUAAGGAAACGAAAAAUAAAUAACAACAUUUUGGAUUUUAAUAAAUAUGUGUAUAAAGAAAAAAUGGAGGUGAGUGAAGAAGAGGAGAAAGAGCAUGAGGAAGAGAAAAAAAAAGAUGAUGAAAUAUUAAUUAUGAAGAAUAAAAAAAAGAAAAAAAAGAAGAAAAAGUUAAGACGUUUAUUAGAUAGUUCUAGUAGUGAUGAUAAUAAUGAAAAUGAAGAGAUAUCAUCUAAAAAAAUAAAAAUAAGAAAAUUAAAUUCUGAUAGUGAUGAUAAUAAAAUAAAAAAUAAUAUUGAUAAAAAUAGUAAUAAUGAGAAAAAGAAGAAAGAAAAAAUGAUACAAGAAAAAGAACAAAAUAGUGAUAUAGAAAUUAUAGAUUCUUAUGAUGAUGAAAAUGAAAAAGCAGAAUAUGAAUAUAAUUUAAAUACAUUAUAUCAAUGUUUAUAUAUAUCUAUACAAAUUAAAAAUAAAAUUAUCGAUUAUUUUACAUCAGAUAAAAAAGAAAAAAAAACAGAAUUAAUAAAAGAAUUUGUUAAAGGAUCUUUUAGAGUUAGUAAUUUUCAAGCAAAUUAUGAAAAUUUUGAAAAACAUGUAGAUACAUUUCAUAAAUUAAAAUGUUAUCAAAAAUGUGGAGUAUUAUGGUUAUAUGUUUUAUAUAAACAAAAUAAAAAUGGUAUAUUAGCUGAUGAAAUGGGACUUGGAAAGACAGCACAGACAUGUGUUUUUCUAGAUUAUAUGUAUAAAACAGGAACCAUUAAAAAUAAAACUAUUAUUGUUGCACCUACUAGUUUAUUAAAAAAUUGGGAUAAUGAAAUUAAUAUGUGGUGUCCAUAUUUAAAAAAUCAUAAAAUUAUAUAUUAUGGUAGUCAGUCUGAAAGAAGAUAUUUAGCUUAUGACAUAUUUAGUAAUAAGUCAAACAAGAAUAAUAAAAACUUUCCAAGUAGUUACAAUAAUAAUAAUGAUGAUGAUGGUGAUCAUCAUAAUAAUGAUAGUCAUAAUAAUAUUCAUUUAAUCAUUACAAGUAUCAAUAUGCUCAUGGGCAAAAAUGAUGUUUCUUACUUUAGACAAAUUAAAAAAUAUGAUUAUCUCAUUUUUGACGAAGCACAUUUUUUAAAAAAUAAAAACUCACUUAUAUAUAAAAAGUUACAAAAAAAAAUUGUCUUCAAUAAUAAAAUAUUAUUAACUGGUUCACCCAUACAAAAUAAAACACAAGAAUUGACAAACCUCCUUUUAUUUUUAAUGCCUCAUAUAUUUACAGAGACAAAUAUAAAUAAUGCUAUGCAAGCUUUUAUAAACAUGUAUGAAGAAGAGGUACAAACAAGAAAUAAAAAAAAAAAAACAGAUGAAGGAACUACACCAAAAUUAACAACCUUCGUUGACGAAAUCAUGAAAAAAAAUGAUAACCAAAAUAAUCAUAAUAAUAAUAAUAUGAUGAUGAUGAUGAAUAAAUAUACAGAUGCUUGUCAUAAUAUAUCAGACCAUAAUAACAAUAUUAGCAAUAAUUGCAAUAUUUAUGAUAUAAAGUGUGAUGAAGAUCUAACAGAUGAUAAUAUUAAAGAUCAUAGUGAAAAAGAAAGUAAUGUUAUUGUUUCAGAUACCAAUAAAAAUAUUAUUAAAAAUUAUUUAAUACAAACCAUUAGAGAUGAUUUAAAACAACAUGUAGAAAUAAAAAAUAAAGAAAUCAUUUUAUUACAACUUAUUAUUGAACCAUAUAUAUUAAGAAGAUCAAAAAAACAUGUCUUUAUAGAUAUGCCCAAAAAACAUAGUCUUAUUAUUAAGUUACCAUUAAAUAAUACACAGCUUAAUUUAUAUAAGGAUGAAAUAUUCUCAAAGAUGCAGAAGACAUUUAAGCAUCUAGAAUUUUUAGAAACGCAUUCUAGCAAAAAGGAGCUACAAAAAAUAUAUGCCAUAUUAAAUAAAAAAGAAAUUAAAAAUGGCAUAAAAGAUAAUACAGAUGAAAAGAAGGAAAGCCAAUCAAAUGUGGACCAAGAGAAUUAUCAGAAUAGUCACUAUAAUGAUAAUACAAAUAAUAUAGACAAUCUUGAAGAUAAUGUUGAAGAUGAUAUUGAUUGUGAUGAUGAUAAAGAAAUGGAUGAAGAAACUAUUAACAUUGAAAAGACAGAUGUAGAGAAUAAGAAUAGCAAUAUUGUUAUUCACAAAAGAGAUGAUGAUAGUAAUGAUAUUGAUGAAGAUAAUAUAAAGGAUGAUAAUAAUAGUAAUAAUAAUAGCAAUAUGUUUGAAGAUAGUUCUAGUAAGGAUAUUACACAUAAUAAUAUGAAAUCAAAGAAAAAUCUAGAAAAUAAUAAAAAUAGUAAAGAAGUUAGAGGGAAAAUGAUUAACGCUUCUAUAUUUAUACUUAGAAGAAUAUGUAACCAUCCUUUAUUACAUAAAUAUUAUUAUACUAUAGAAGAUAUUAAAAAAAUUUCAAAAUAUUUUUAUUAUAAUACUGAUCAAUAUGUUGAUCUAGAUUUAAAAACUGUUGAAAAUGAAUUUAUGAAAAUAUCAGAUUUCGAUAUUCAUUUAUCAAUUAAACAUUUAAUAUCUCAAGGUGAUAAUAAAUUAAAUAAAUAUUUAAUAACAAAAGAACAUAUUUUGAAUAGUAGUAAAAUUAGUCAUAUGUUAUCUCUUAUUAAAGAUAUUAGGAAGAAAAAACAAAAGGUAUUAAUUUUUUCACAGUUUACCACUUUUCUUGAUAUUAUAGAAGAGGCUUUAUUAUAUGAAUUUAUAUAUGAUGAUUCUGAUUAUAUGGAUCAUAUUCAAACUAUUAAAAAUUCUCAAAGUAUAAAUAAAAAUGACACCAUCUGUAAGGAAGAAAAUAAUAUAGAUGAUGAUAUGUCUAUAAAACACGAACAAAAUGAUCAUCAAUUGUGUAAAGAAACAAAACGUCAUGAUGACAAUAAUAAUAAUAUUAAUGAAGAGGAGGAUGAACAAAAAUUUAGUUUUAAAGAAAAUAUAAAAAAGCCAAAUGAUAUAUAUAAUGAAGAUAUGGAAAAUUCAGAAAGAACUAAAGAUACAAAUCAUGAUUAUAAUAAAAAGAAAAAAGACGAAGAUGAUGAAGAUGUAUGUCUUACUUCAUCAACACUUUCUACUUCAUCAGUGGGUACACAAAAUGAUACAGGUCAUCAAAUUUAUGUAAGAUUAGAUGGAUCAACAAACACUAUUGAAAGACAGAAAAUUAUAAAACGCUUUUCAAAAGAUGAAAAUAUUUUUGUUUUUCUUUUAUCAACAAAAGCCGGAGGAGUAGGUCUCAAUUUAAUAGCGGCAAAUCAUGUUAUAUUGAUGGACCAGGACUGGAAUCCACAUAAUGAUAGACAAGCAGAGGAUAGAGUUCAUCGAUUAGGCCAAAAAAAUGAAGUAUAUAUAUAUCGAUUAUGUUGUAAGAAUACGAUUGAGGAAGCUAUACUUAAGUGUAAUAAGGCGAAAUUACACUUAGAUCAAGCAUUUGGAGGCAAUAGCGAUUUGUUACAAACAGCUCUAAUCAAGGAUGCAUUAAAUGCAGUAGAAAUAUAA